CGGAGACAUGGAAACAGAUUGCCCGAAAGCCCACUGUUCUUGAAGAAGCAGGAAAGAGGAGAAGAAGGACAGGAGUGAUCAAUCCUCAGUCUUCAUUCUUCAAUCUUUCUCCCCUGUUCAAAUACUCGCGUUUCAAUUCAAGUUAGGGUUUCUGAUUGAUUCAGGACAGGGGCUCUCUUUGUCCGCACCAUUUCAUUCUCCUCAUUUUCUUCUUCCCCCGUCCAGUUUUCUCAUUUUAUUCUUCGAUUAGGGUUUUGCUUCUCACUUUGCCCACCUUUCGAUCUUGUCCAACCCGUUCUUUUCCCAUUUCUUCCCUUCUCUUAAUUACGCGACACGUUGGUACUCACAGUCUGGGAGUGGAGGACUGAGGACUGUUGUGUAGGUCGCCGUUUCGAUUUUUCUUCAUGGAGAACGGUCAUGACGAAGAAGACGAGGAAGGGAAAUUAGCUCGCAAAAUGACGGGUUUGGGGCUCAAUACUCGCGUCAAUGAAACCCCCGUUUCAACUUCAUCCAAUAUGAAUGUCCCCAACAGCCACAACGACCACCACAGCAACGAUAGCCUGUUUCAGGUCAUGAAAGCAGUUGAAGCUGCUGAAGCCACAAUCAAGCAACAGGUAGAAGAAAAUACUCGUUUAAGGACUGAACUCCAGAGAACAAUGCAGGAACUGGAGAAAGUUAAAAUAGGUGAGCCUAUCACUCAAGGAUCACAUUCAGCCCAUCCAUGGAAUGAAAGGGUCCAUAGUCCUUAUGAAGUUUAUCAGUCAGACUUUAUUGGUAAUCCCGAGGAUAAAGUUAGGAGCAUGAACAGAAACUCUGCAGUGGAUCCUUCUGUUGUGAUGGCUGCUCACCAAGGGUUAAAGGCCAAUAGUGAAGAUACAAGUCAAGGUCAUGUUGAAAACCACUCUGAAAGAAGCCACGUCAAUGGGAGAUUGAAGGGUUCUCCUGAUAGGCAUGAACCGGAAAGUUCCAAUCUCUCUCAGUUUUCAUCACCGUCCCCGGCAUCUGUUUCUCCUGGGAGGUAUCAAAUUGAAGGAGACUAUGAACCACAACUUAAUGUGCCUGGCCAUGGCUCCAUGCAAAUGGCUGAAGUGAAUAAUGCUAACAGCCUCUUGAAACAGGAUUUUGUUCUUAAGGUUCGUGAGCAUGAAGAAGAAAUUGUGCAAUUAAGGAAACGACUAGCUGAUUAUUCUGUUAAGGAAACACAAAUUCGGAAUGAAAAGUACGUUUUGGAGAAGCGUAUUGCUUACAUGCGUCUGGCCUUUGAUCAACAACAACAAGACCUUGUUGAUGCUGCUUCUAAAGCUCUUUCAUAUAGACAAGACAUUAUUGAGGAAAAUAUACGGUUAACGUAUGAAUUGCAGGCUGCUCAACAAGAAAGAUCGACAUUUGUGACUUCUUUGAUGCCACUACUUGCCGAGUAUUCCUUGCAGCCACCAGUCCCCGAUGCUCAGUCAAUUGUUAGUAAUGUCAGGGUUUUGUUCAGACAUUUGCAUGAGAAGCUCAUACUCACUGAGUCAAAGCUCAAGGAAUCUCAGUAUCAAUUGGCACCAUGGCGUUCAGAUGCGAGCCUUUCCAAUGUUACUUUGCAGUCUCCAGCUCAUUCAAUGGGUCCAGGAUUGGUGACUACAGACAAGAAUGGGCUCGAGUUGGUUCCUCAGCCUACAUAUGCUCGUGCAAAUGCGGCGAUGACUUCCUCUGAUGUUCAGGCAGCAGCGGAUUGGGAUACCCCCAGUCAUAACCAGAGUGGAUUGGGAUCUGGUGUUCCCAAAAAUCUGGAAAUGGAUGAUGCAGGGAGAUAUUCCCCUCUUGGAAGCAGGAAUCCUGCUGCCCGAGAUGCGCCAGAACAAUUUGAAGUUACCAGGGGAGACUCUCAUGCGAUGCAGUACAGUGGAGACAACAGUAAACAAGUAACAUUUCGUGAUUCUGUGAGCAAUAGCGAGAUGGAUGACCUUGAAGCUGAAGUUCAACCGAGCAACAGAGAAGCUCAAUCGAAUUGGGGGUCAGGAACUCCCUACACAACUACGAUUGAUGAUCCUACCUCUUCGUAUUCCCCUUAUCUCCCUCCGGUUCUUGAAGAACCUUCCUCUUCUUUUUCUGAGGCUGCCGAUGACGAUCCUUUACCAGCCAUUGAAGGCCUUCAAAUUUCAGGUGAUGCAUUUCCUGGCCGAGAGCUCCAGGCAUGUGGAUACUCUACUAAUGGAACAACUAGUUGUAAUUUUGAGUGGGUGCGCCAUUUUGAAGAUGGAUCUGUUGAUUAUAUUGAUGGAGCAAAACAACCGAACUAUCUUGUGACUGCUGAUGAUGUUGAUACCUACCUAGCUAUAGAAGUUCAGCCCCUGGAUGACCGGAAGCGCAAGGGAGAACUGGUCAAGGUCUUUGCAAAUGAGAACAGAAAGAUUACUUGUGAUGUUGAAAUGCAGAACCACAUAGAGAGGACUCUUUCUAAUGGUCAUGUUGCAUACAAAGUUUCUUUGUCGACUGGGUAUCUUGAUAUAUGGGAGCCAGCCACUAUAGUCAUCAAGAGGGACAGUUACAGCAUCAAAAGUAGUGGGCCUAAUGGAGCUGUGGUCAGUGAGAAGUUUUCGUCCAAGACAAGUGUCACAAUCCCUUAUGGGAACCCCACAGAGUUCAUCAUAGUUUGUGCUACUGGAGGUCAGCAUCUGUUACGAACCGAUAAUGAUGCAGCGGAUGUUAGCUGUUUAAGAGAUGUCAUUGUGCUUACCAUGAGACUGUUCAUCAUUAAGGCUGGGGAGAAGAGGAAAGGAAAGAAGAGGGGGCUAUUUUUCAACAAGUGAAAAAGUCGAUAGUAAUAUUCUUUUUGGUUUAGCUCUAUAUUGAAGGCAGCAGCAGAAGCAAGUAAAUCAUUAUUUUUAUUUUUGAGGAGUGCAUUCUUACAUAUAUGAUAGUAUUUCUUUUUUUCUACUUCUUAUUUUACCAAUCAUCUUCAUCUAUACCUUCUAUAGGAUUAGCAGCUUUCCCAUGUAAUUGAAUCUUAUAUUGGUUAGUGAAAGUGUUUCUCCGUUGUCUGUAUUCUUCUUUUUCCGACAUGAUUGUCUG